AUGCCAGCUUACCACUCGUCCUAUAACGAGGAACCGGACACGCGUCUGAUCGGCAACAUGUCGGUCCUUCCCAUCCGGUCUCGCACUCGCGGACCUGCGCCUCCACCCAUCGAUCCCUCUCGUCCCGACAUCAUCGAUGAAUCCAUCGACCUCUUCCGCGCCAACUCGCUCUUCCGCAACUUCGAAAUCAAGGGUCCCGCCGAUCGAACGCUCAUCUACCUCAUCCUGUUCAUCUCGGACUGCCUGACAAAAAUCGCGGCGAGCAAGGUGCCGUGGAGCACCAACGAGGCGAUGAAGCAACUCCAGACGUUUGCAGUCGACUCCUUUGCCCUACCAGGAGAUGCGAAUUUCCCAUUGAACAGUUUGUAUGCUCCCCCAGCGAGCAGGGCCGACGCAGAGGCCUUGAGGAGCUACCUGACGCAGGUCAGGCAGGAAUGCGCCGCGAGAUUGGUAGAGAAGGUCUUUGCCGAUGGCACUCCUAGCAAGUGGUGGUUGGCUUUCACCAAGAGGAGGUUUAUGAGGAUUUGA